AUGUUACUCCCUCCGGAUCCUCGACUGACAGACCCAUCUACGUAUAACCGUGAGCAGAUCGUCGCAGUCGUGACUGACUUUUAUCAAUUCUUGACCACUCUUCCUUUCGUUGAGCCAGAUGAGAUUCUGUAUCCCCCCCCCCUGAAGGAUGGCCGCAAAUUACUAAGGACAAAAGAUGAUUACGAGUUUCCCCCUUGGGUGAUAAACCUCACCUACUCAGAAGAGAAAUAUGGAAAAUAUGUCAUGCUAGACACUACUGAUGGCACGGCAACAGUCUAUCAGAUCUGUGGGAGCUACUUUGAUCCCGUCUAUGCGGUAGAUGAUCCGCGCAGCUGGCGAGAUUUAUGUGAGGAUCAGGUUAUGCCGCUGGAAGAAUUUCUUGAUGAGCAGAAGAGGUAUUAUAUCAAUCUUGACUGGAUCUGUUAUGCGUGGGGGAUGGCUCGCCGCAAAGCUUCGUCGCCUCCAUCGGGAGAAUCCGCCCCACGACGCCGUCGCCUUCUCCGUGGAGUUCGUCCUCGUUCAUCCUCUGAAGACGAUGUCGUUUUCACACCUGCGCCCCGCUCGGUUUCGCCGGAAUGGGAGGGAUUUCCAUCCUCUCCUGCUUCGGCGGAGCCGGACGGAGUCGAAUCGCCCUCUCCGGACGUGUCUGGUAAGUCCGGUGCGUUUAUUUUCAUCGCCCCUUUGUCUCCAUCGGCGGCUUCGGUCGUCCAGGUGCAGACUACCCCUGCGCCGGUCCAUGUUGAUACGAAUGGUUUGCCUUUGGCCCAGGGGGUAGUCCCUGGUGCCACCGUUGCCUUCGACACCCUUUGUGUCGCUCCGGAGGUUGCCGCUGGUCCUUUGGCUGUUUCUAUGGUUACUGAACAUCGCACGUUUGUUGGACUUCCCCAGUCUCGUCGCCCUGCUGCGCAGGAGAGGGCGGCUGGGCUGGUAAGGGAGUAUAGACGUGCGGUUCGAAAACCUCGAAUACCACGCGUGGAUAGCAGUACAUCUGUGCCUGUCCCUGAACGCACUCCAUCGCAUUCGCCCAUGGCUCCCGUUCCUGCGACUCCCAGUCGCCUGGGUCGUUUUGUUGAUGCGGUCCUUUCCCCCUUCAAGGGUUGA